AUGCAGCCAGGGAAAUCAGUUCCUGAAAUCAGAUCUUCCAUCUCAGGCUUCCCAAACACCGUGAAGUCAGGAAGGCCUUUGGCAGCUUCUGUAAGAAACGCCGAAGACAAGCAGGGAAAGGGGCAGCCAAUGAGGCCGAAUUCUUUUCCGGACCCAGGCUCCUCUCCAGCCAGAGCCCACCAGGAGGCCUCUGUCCUGCCUCCUUCUGAAGAGGAUGCCCCUCAUUCCUUAAAAACUGACCUCCCUGCUUCAUCUGAUUCAAAGGAUUUCAGCACCUCCAUUCCUAAGCAGGAAAAACUUUUGAGCCUGGCUGGAGAAGGCCUUUUCUGGAGCGAGGCAGAUGUGGUCCAGGCAACUGAUUACUUCAACCAAAACCACAAAAUCAGCGAGGGGACCUUUGCUGACAUCUACAGAGGGCAAAGGCACGGGACACCAUUUGUCUUCAAGAAGCUCAGAGAGACAGCCUGCUCAAGUCCAGGAUCAAUCGAAAAAUUCUUCCAGGUGGAGGUACAAAUCUGUCUUAGAUGCUGCCACCCCAACAUCUUACCUGUGCUGGGCGUCUGUGCUGGAAGACAGUUUCACAGCUUGAUCUACCCCUACAUGGCAAAUGGUUCUUUACAGGACAUACUCCAUGGUCAGAGUGGCUCUGACCCCCUCCCAUGGCCACAGCGCAUCAGCGUCUGCUCAGGGCUGCUUCAUGCUGUCAAGCACUUGCACAGCCUGGAGAUCAUCCACAGCAACAUCAAGAGCUCCAAUGUUUUGCUGGACCAAAAUUUCAUCCCCAAGCUGGCUCAUCCAAUGGCUCACCUGUGUCUUGUCAACAAAAGGUCAAAAUACACCAUGAUGAAGACCCACCUUUUCCAGGCUUCAGCUGCAUAUCUGCCAGAAGAUUUCAUCAGGGUGGGGCAGCUGACAGAGCGCGUGGACAUCUUCAGCUGUGGGAUAGUAUUAGCCGAGGUCCUCACUGGCAUCCCUGCAAUGGAUAAUGACCGAAACCCGGUUUACCUGAAGGAUCUGCUCCUUACUGAAAUUCCAAGCAGCACCGCCUCGCUCUGCUCCAGGAAGACGGGCAUGGAGAAGGUGAUAGCCAAGGAGAUCUGCCAGAAAUACCUGGAGAAGAGAGCAGGGAGGCUGCCGCAGGAUUGCGCGGAGGCCUUGGCCGCGGCUGCCUGCGUGUGCCUGCGGAGACGGACCGCCCGCCUGCAGGAG